UUUUUGUGUAAUAAGUGUAAUCUAUAUAAAUUAGUUAAGUCUGCUUUUCAUUUAGUUCGUUAUUUAUUAAAAAAUGGAUUUAACUGAUUUUAAUUCAGAUCCUUCGCAAAGUAUUAUGUUAUUUUCAGACACUCCCUCUUGUAAAGCUGAACCAUGUAUGCUUGGUAUAGAUGAAGCUGGUCGAGGUCCAGUGUUGGGUCCAAUGGUAUAUGGAGCUGCUUACUGUCCUGUCUCUCAAGUGGAUGCUUUAAAAGCUAAAGGAGUAGCAGAUUCAAAAACUCUGACGGAAGAGAAGCGAGAAAACUUAUUUGAAAUAAUAUCUGAUUCAAAAGAUAUGAUGGGAUGGCUUUUGGAAAUCCUUUCACCCACCGUUAUUAGUAACAACAUGUUAAAGAGGUCAAAAUAUAAUCUCAAUGCCUUGUCUCAUGAUUCAGCUAUAGCAUUGAUUAGAAAAGCCUUAAGUUUAGGAGUAAAUGUUACAGAGAUAUAUGUGGACACUGUGGGGCCACCAGACAAAUAUGAAGCUAAACUCUCUAAUUUGUUUCCUGGCAUUAAAGUUACUGUUGCAAAAAAAGCUGAUUCAAUCUAUCCAAUUGUUAGUGCAGCUAGUAUAUGUGCUAAAGUUGCAAGAGACAAUGCAUUAAAAGCAUGGAAGUUUGCAGAAGGUGAUAAUUUAAAUGAAAUGGAAUAUGGAUCAGGUUAUCCAAAUGAUCCUGUGACAAAAAAGUUUCUCACUCAGAGUAUUGAUCCUGUAUUUGGUUUUCCUCAAAUCGUUAGAUUCAGCUGGUCAACUGCUGGGAAAAUUUUAGAAAACAGUGCAGUACAAGUCGAAUGGGAAGAAACAGAAGAUGAUGAUGACCAGCAAGAAACCACCAAAUCUCAAAAUAUUUUUAAAUUUAUGAAAAGUGACACGAAAAAACCUGUGAAACCCAAAAGUCAUAACUUUUUUACUCAGCGAAAUAUACAUCAAACAGUUGAAUUGUAAUUUAGGACUUAUAAAGUUGCUUUAUUUCAUUCAUGAGUCUGAGUUUUGAAAUUCUAAAAUAAUUACCGUGAAACCCCUAUUUUAACCUGUCUGUUUCAUACAUUAUAUCGCUUCCUACGUCAUUUUCUGCUGAUCUGUGAAAAUCUCCCAUUCUGAUAAUGUUACAUUAUCCCAGAUUUUGCUUUACCCUUUUUAGGGAAAGCAUGCUUUAUAUGUUUUUCUAACAUCAGAACCUUUUUUUUCUAUACAAAACUUCCAUUAACUUUUUUUUUUUAAUGAGACUUGUUUGUUAGCUGUUUAUAGCUUUUCCGACAUUCUUUCUGCAUUAUUGUUUGACUGUGAAAGGUGAUUUCCGCCUUGAGUUAAAAUUAGAAGAGUGGUUGGAUGGGCAAAGCACAGGAAGGGUAGUUAAAGGAAGUGUAGGAACUUAAGUUAUAAAAUUUACGAGUGGAAUUUUUUCCAGCAAACUUCAACCUUUGAUCUUGCAAUAAUCUUAUUUAAAAAACAAAGCACUAUACAACUGGUUUUGUUCCUUUUCUGGAUUCCUACGACCUUUUGGCAGUGUUUGAUUUUUCGAUAAUACGCCUAUUUAUAAUGGAUUUCUCCUGUAUUUCAACAGCAUUGAUUAAAUACUACUUUUUACUUUGC